AUCAGAUAACAUGGGAUUCUCCGAUAAACAUUCUCUACCUCUUCUUCUUUUCUUUUUCCACUUGUUAUUAUUCUUCAUGUCAACAGCUGAUCAUAAUGAUCUACCAAAGCUUGGGGCUUCGAACAAGAAGGUUUCAGCCCUGUUAGUGUUUGGUGACUCCACCGUCGACCCCGGAAACAAUAACAAUUUAAGCACUGUUUUCAAAAGCAAUUUUCUUCCCUACGGGAGAGAUUUUGCAACCGGCCAAAUGCCCACCGGCAGGUUCACAGAUGGACGGCUUACCACUGACUUCAUUGCUUCCUAUGUAGGUGUAAAGGAGUAUGUGCCAGCAUAUUUGGACUCAACUCUUAGCAUUCAAGAGAUGAUGACAGGAGUCAGUUUUGCCUCAGGCGGCUCUGGAUAUGAUCCACUUACACCAAGGCUUAGUAAUGUAAUUCCGAUAUCAAAGCAACUGCAGUAUUUCGGAGAGUAUAAGAAAAGACUAGAGUCGGCCAAUGGGAAGCAAAGAACCGAAGAUCAUAUUAACAAGGCAAUAUUCAUCAUUAGCGCUGGUACAAACGACUUCGUAGUCAACUACUUUAGUUUACCAAUUAGACGACGGAGCUUUACUGUCCCAGCUUACCAUCAAUUCUUGCUUCAACACCUUCAAGACUUCAUACAGGGUUUGUGUGACGGAGGAGCUCGAAAGAUAGCGGUGGUCGGGCUACCUCCAAUAGGCUGCUUGCCAGUUGUUGUCAGCCUUUUCUCCAACACUGCUGCCAUUUCCAAACGUGGUUGUAUCGAUCAGUAUUCCUCCGUUGCAAGAGAUUACAAUCUAAUGCUUCAAAACGAAUUGAAUUUGAUGCAACCAAGUUUAGCAAAUCAUGGUGCUAGAGUCUAUUACGUUGACAUAUAUGGACCACUGAUCGACAUGAUUCAAAGCCCAGGAAAAUUUGGUUUUGAUAAGGUUAAUGUCGGAUGUUGUGGGACCGGAUAUGUUGAAGCAUCACUCUUUUGUAAUCCGACGUCGUAUGUGUGCAGUGAUGCAUCCAAGUACGUAUUUUGGGACUCGAUACAUCCUACGGAAAAGGCUUAUCACAACCUCUUCAAUGGCAUUCGUUCUACAGUAGACCUCAUCGUCAAUAGUACUUAACAAUCGAUCAUGAAUCGAUUUUAUCAUUCCAUGGGCCAUCAAAUUAAAUAUCUGCUAUUAAUUAGAAGACAUGUUUAAGUGUUUUAAAUAUACAUAUGGUAUGUGAGUGAGGAAUAAUUAAUGGAAGCUCAUGGCAAACUUCUCAA